AUGGGUGUAAACAGGAAGUGGGUGGGAGGGAGGGAAUACAAAGGGGGAGUGGGUGGGAGGGAAUACAAAGGGGAAGAGGGUGGGAUGGAAUACAAAGGGGAAGAGGGUGGGAUGGAAUACAAAGUGGAAGAGGGUGGGAUGGAAUACAAAGUGGAAGAGGGUGGGAUGGAAUACAAAGUGGAAGAGGGUGGGAUGGAAUACAAAGUGGAAGAGGGUGGGAUGGAAUACAAAGGGGGAGUGGGUGGGAGGGAAUACAAAGGGGAAGUGGGUGGGAUGGAAUACAAAGUGGAAGAGGGUGGGAUGGAAUACAAAGUGGAAGAGGGUGGGAUGGAAUACAAAGUGGAAGAGGGUGGGAUGGAAUACAAAGUGGAAGAGGGUGGGAUGGAAUACAAAGUGGAAGAGGGUGGGAUGGAAUACAAAGUGGAAGAGGGUGGGAUGGAAUACAAAGGGGGAGUGGGUGGGAGGGAAUACAAAGGGGAAGUGGGUGGGAGGGAAUACAAAAGGGAAGAGGGUGGGAUGGAAUACAAAGUGGAAGAGGGUGGGAUGGAAUACAAAGGGGGAGUGGGUGGGAGGGAAUACAAAGGGAAACAGGAAUACAAAGAAAUUAAAGAAAUUGACGGGAUAUAA